UUUGCCUGGAUUCCUUCUCAGCGACAAGCUGCUGAGAGAGCACCUAUUAAAAUGAAUAUGAUCAUCUGCCGCUCCUCUCUCUCCUCCUUUCAGGGCAUACUGCUGUCCAUCAGGAGAAGUAAUUAAUGUGUUUAUUAUGUAUGAAAGCGUCAUGGCAUCAGUUUGCUGUCUGAUUUGAAUAGCUCCUAUCAGCUCUUCAUUCAUGCCAAGUAUGCUCACUGUCCAGAGAUACGAUAAAGCCGUACUUCCUUUUGGAUUUUUCCCUUACUAUUCAAACACCAGCACACCAGAACUAUGUCACAGAAACACAAGGAGGACAGGAGAAAUCCCUUCACCAUUUGCAGAAAGGAAGCUAAUGGACUGAAAAGUUGGUAAGGAGAAAACCAAGGGGAAAAGAGGGGUGCAAGAGAACAUCCAUGCUUGUGGUUGAGAUUAAGAAUUCUAAAGCAGCAUAAUUUGGGAGCAUGUGUAAUUUUGAAAUAUGGACAAGCAGAACUUUUCCAGAGGGUAAAACAUCUAUAGAAACAACCAAGAUUUCUCUCUGCUGAAACAUUCAAUGAAUUUUUAAUACGUUCUGGACACUGUGGUUGGGUCAAAUACUGUUAUCUGAUAAACGGAAAUUCACCAUUCGGUUUCUACAAUCCUAUUCAAAUGGAGUCUUCAUCUGUUGCCUACUGUCCUAGCUGAUACUAUGAGAUCAUCAGGACUACAGGCAGAGACCACUGCAAGAAAUAAGAUGUACUGGUAAAAGCAACACCAAAAGAGAGCAGAAGAGGCAUUUCAGGGAUCGAAGCCUCCUGUUUCCAGCCAGAGUUCAAAUUACUGAGCUUCAAACCAACCACUGCCAGAUACUGGCCAAGAAGAGGUGACAGCAGAGCACUAAAACCCAAGACUUAACCUUCAGGUAAAUUCUUGCACCAGGAUGGAAGGGGAAUCUUACCACAACGCAACCACUGUCAAUGGCACCCCGGUAACUCACCAGCCUUUGGAGCACCAUCGGUUGUGGGAAGUCGUCACCAUCGCAGCCGUGACCGCGGUAGUCAGCCUGAUCACCAUUGUGGGCAACGUUUUGGUCAUGAUCUCUUUCAAAGUCAACAGUCAGCUCAAGACAGUUAACAAUUACUACCUGCUCAGCCUAGCCUGUGCGGAUCUCAUCAUUGGGGUCUUCUCCAUGAACCUCUAUACCACCUACAUCCUCAUGGGACGCUGGGCUCUUGGGAGUCUGGCUUGUGACCUCUGGCUUGCACUGGACUAUGUGGCCAGCAAUGCCUCUGUCAUGAAUCUCCUGGUGAUCAGCUUUGACCGUUACUUCUCCAUCACCAGACCCCUGACAUAUCGGGCCAAGCGGACCCCAAAGAGGGCUGGUGUCAUGAUCGGUUUGGCCUGGUUGAUCUCCUUCAUUCUCUGGGCGCCCGCAAUCCUCUGCUGGCAGUACUUGGUUGGGAAGCGGACAGUACCACCAGAUGAGUGUCAGAUCCAAUUCCUCUCUGAACCCACCAUCACUUUUGGCACAGCCAUUGCUGCCUUCUACAUCCCUGUUUCUGUCAUGACAAUUCUUUACUGCCGAAUCUACCGGGAAACGGAAAAGCGAACCAAAGAUCUGGCUGACCUCCAGGGCUCUGACUCUGUGGCUGAAGCUGAAAAGAGAAAGCCAGCUCACAGGGCUCUGCUCAGGUCCUGCUUCUCCUGCCCUCAACCUACCCUGGCCCAGAGGGAAAGGAGCCACCAGGCCUCCUGGUCAUCCUCCCGCAGGAGCACCUCUACCACAGGAAAGCCAUCCCAAGCCACUGGCCAAAGCACCAGCUGGGCCAACAGUGAGCAGCUCACUGCCUGUAGCAGCUACCCCUCCUCUGAGGAUGAGGACAAGCCCCCCACCAACCCUGUCUUCCAAGUGGUCUAUAAGAGUCAGGCCAGGGAAAGCCCAAGAGAAGAAUUCAGCCCCGAGGAGACCAAGGAGACUUUUGUGAAAGCGCAGACUGAAAAAACUGACUAUGACACUCCAAAAUACUUCCUGUCACCAGCUGCUGCUCACAGACUCAAGAGUCAGAAGUGUGUGGCCUAUAAGUUCCGACUGGUGGUUAAAGCUGACGGGACCCAGGAAACCAAUAACGGCUGUCGAAAAGUGAAAAUCAUGCCCUGCUCCUUCCCAGUGUCCAAGAACCCUUCAUCGAAAGGCCUUGAUCCCAACCUCAGCCAUCAAAUGACCAAACGAAAGCGAAUGGUCCUAGUCAAGGAGAGGAAAGCAGCCCAGACCUUGAGUGCCAUUCUCCUGGCCUUCAUCAUUACAUGGACCCCUUAUAACAUCAUGGUCCUAGUUUCCACCUUCUGUGACAAGUGUGUCCCAGUCUCUCUGUGGCACUUGGGCUAUUGGUUGUGCUACGUCAACAGUACAGUCAAUCCCAUCUGCUAUGCCCUCUGCAACAGAACCUUCAGGAAGACCUUUAAGAUGCUGCUUCUCUGCCGGUGGAAAAAGAAAAAAGCAGAGGAGAAGUUGUACUGGCAGGGGAACAGCAAGCUACCUUGAAAAGUUAAGAACUACCCCCCUCCAAAAAUAAUGACAACAGUCUGGUUUGCCUACCUUAAAAUAAUGUCAUCUGUCCUUUAUAGUCCCUGAAGACUUGUAAAGGCUCAAAGUCUGUUGCCAAAAGAAAGGAUUCACUUCUGCAGCAACUGCUGCCAUAUCAAACGAAUCUUACCCAUGACUAAGGCUACCUGGUGGUCUUGGAAUUUGUCAAGGAAGUGGAGUCUGCCUCACGGCCCUUCACAGGAAACAAGCUUGGCUUACAAUGAACAAUAACACGAGAAACUUUUGUUUAACCUCCCGUGAGAAACCACAGGGACUGGAUGGAAACCUCCCCGUCAGAGAGUUUUGCGCAAAAUGUGUAUUGUUUUGUACCAUUGAGAACCAGGAGAAAGUAAGUCACUAUCACCUGUUGAAUGAUAUUCAACGUGCUUCUACAGAUAUCUUUUCUCACUGACUGAUGAGUAUUUAUCGUGUAUCUGUUAUGCGGUCUAUAUGUUUCCCUGACCCUACAUCUAAGUGAAGCUCUUGCUCUUUGCUUUUGUAACUGAGCCGAUUCCUGUACCCAGGGAAACUAUGCUAAUCUCCACAGAGACACCCUUCCUCAGAACCCUGGGUCUGGGGGACGCUGAGACCCAGUCACACUCAGCCUUGAAAGGGUUUUUUUCUGCUGAUAAAGAUGAUCAAGACUCCCCAUUUUUGUUUUCACCAGUGGGAUACCCCCCCUUUUAUCUAAACAAAUAGCACGCACUCUACUUCAUGCCCCUUUAAAACUGUUUCCUUGUGCUACAGUCUUAGGAGGACUGGCUGUACGACAGCCCUUCACUGGUAAAUAUCUCUGACCUUGUUUUCUGACGAUUUGCUUUCUGAUCUCUUCACAAAGCAAAGCUGAGGCAAAAUGUGAAAAACAAAUUUAAUUUCAAUCCAUGAGUUUGAAUUUCAUUAGAGAGCCCUUUUGAAAGUCUUCAAUCUCUCUCUUCCAGGCCCCCGAUUCACACCCAGGAAGGGUGUGAUAAGCAGGUCACUGUACUGCCCUGGGGAGAAGUGCUAUUUGGGGCAAAUAGAAGGAAAAGUCUUUCUUUUCUUUUUUUUUAAAAUAGGUCUUUCAAAGAACAGAAAUGACUUUUUCAUUCCUGUCCAAAUUCAGUCCAAAAGAUGAGCAGCCUAGAAAAACACAACUGAAGGACCAGUGAAGCUGGCUAUGGUCUUUAACAACAGAAGCUUCAGCUGGGGAUUUAGCUGAGUGGUAAGCACUAUUUCCUACCAUGCACAAGGCCUAGGGUUCAACCCUCAGAACCACAAAAUCAAACAAAACCUUCCAUCUUUAAAAAGAAAAUAUAGGUCAUAACACAUCAAAAAAGAGUCAUCAACAUACAUUAGGGCACUGGGAUUAUUAAAAAUCAAAUCUAAUUGAAAUCUCUAAGUAUAUAUAAGAAACCAGAAUCUGAGAUGCUUCCUUGAUAUUCUAGAAAUAAACCAAGGUGCAAGAGAUUGAAGCUAGACAUACUGCGUAAAAUUAACAAAAGCUCCACAAGGAAAGCAGUACAAUGGUUCAUGCCAAGGAGUUGAGAGAAACCCUCCUGUCAGAAGCUCAACCUUUAACCUGCUGAUUAAUUAUAUGUACAGCAGCAUUUUAAAAUCUUGACUUCGUGCUGCUUAACAUAGGCCAGCUUUUUCAGCCUCAUUUGCUGAGGGGAUGGAAGAAAGAGCUGGCUACGAUGUCCUGGGAAUUAGGAAUGUACCUGAGCACAGGAGAGCUUCCACUUACCCCUGAAGAGGAGGGCAAGACUCUUACAGGCUGUGCCAAGGAGGCUGGCAGAGGAAAAAUCACAGGCAGGCCCUGGCUGAUCCGCCUAGGCCUCUCUUCCAGCCCUGUAGAGACCUGAUGUUGGGAUGAGACCCGUAGGAAGCACCCUCCCUGCUGAGCCUUUGUGAAGGGCAAGUUGACACCUGCCAGGAAUGUAGUUGAAAAUAUUAAUUAAUUGGCUUGGUUCUCCAGGACACAGACACUUUCAGGCCUGCAUCAUAUCGACCGGGUGCAACCUCAUAGCAAACUGCUCCACCAGCUUUAAGUGAACAGUGGAUUCAGCUAAGGCUUUGAGUCCUGAAAAUGAAAAUCCUCCAUGAGAAUCACACUUCAACAUUGGGCAUUCAUUGCUCCCAGUAAAGGGAAUUCAAACACAGGAACGCACACCUGGAAUGGGGGCACACUUCACCCUCUACAGCUUCUUGUUUUCAUCAUCUUUUGUGAAAUUAACAAAUGGGACUACGUUCUUUCUCUAUCGCUGCCUUUGGAAGGCGGCCAGUUUUGCAGACCACCCAUCACCUUGACAUAGACCGAUACCCCGAAGUAUAAGAGGAGACUAGACUUUUCUAGAGUACGGUCUCGAGGAGAAGCCUCAGCCUGAGAAUGAACAGAUGAAAUUGUAAACUACAGGGACAAGUGAGUGGUGGGCGGGGCAUGAGGUGACUUCAGGUCUUAGGCCUCCUAUCUUCCCAGUCUCCCAAGUGCUGCCGAUGGUCACCAUGUACAGCUGUGGCGUCUUGCCUAGUACACGCUGUUGUGUCGCUAACAAUGGCUGUGAAUGUGAUGGCUUGUCAUGGAAGCUUUACUUUCUGAAUAGUUUGUGGUUGCACAAAGCAUUUUGUCAAUACUCCUCUGGGUGAAUGUCUGAAAGACCAUGCUGAUAUCGCCUCUUUGUAAUUGUGAAAUCUAGACCUAAACCUCUGGAUUAGAAUAUUUACUUGUCCACUGUAAAUACUGGUAUUAUAGCAAAGCAUUUGUAUUGUACUAGCAUUAUUCUGGAUAUUAAAAAAAAUUAUCCACACAGUGGUCCAAUGCAAAGCACUUGAAUAAAAGAAUCGUCUCAGGCUAUCACACUAGAUCCAUUUAUGUCAGGGUUCCACAAACCUUUGCACAGCCUGGCCUUUCUAAGAAAGUUAGGGGUACACAAUAUGGAUACCCUUCCCUUUUGCCUUUUGUGAUUCUGCCUUUCCUCCCAGUUAACAGUGACCCAGC